UUCUAACAUGCCCCUAAAGUUUCGUUUGGUUCUUGAAAUUCAGGAUAAACCCUAACCCCCUCUCUGUGUUUUCUCUGUCAUCAAAAUCAUUUAUACUGACGAGGAUUCACCCCUAAGAUUCGUAUACUCAGCAACAGAGCGCGAUGUCUACGCUCGAAAUCGAAGCCCGAGAUGUGAUUAAGAUAGUUCUUCAAUUCUGCAAAGAAAAUUCUUUGCAUCAAACUUUCCAAACAUUACAGAGUGAGUGUCAGGUUUCUCUCAAUACGGUAGACAGCCUUGAAACAUUUGUUGCGGAUAUUAACAGUGGAAGGUGGGAUACAAUAUUACCUCAAGUUGCACAACUUAAGCUUCCUAGGAAGAAACUAGAAGAUCUCUAUGAACAGAUUGUUUUGGAAAUGAUCGAACUUCGGGAAUUGGAUACUGCACGUGCUAUAUUAAGGCAAACCCAGGUAAUGGGCGUCAUGAAACAAGAGCAACCUGAAAGAUAUUUGCGAAUGGAGCAUCUCCUUGUUAGAACUUAUUUCGAUCCGCAUGAGGCUUAUCAAGAUUCAACAAAAGAGAAAAGACGUGCACAAAUAGCUCAAGCUCUCGCUGCAGAGGUUUCUGUGGUUCCGCCGUCACGACUAAUGGCUCUAAUUGGUCAGGCUUUGAAGUGGCAGCAGCACCAAGGGUUGCUUCCGCCAGGCACACAGUUUGACCUAUUCCGAGGGACGGCUGCUAUGAAACAAGAUGUAGAUGAUAUGUACGCGACAAAUCUUGGGCAUACUAUUAAGUUUGGAAAGAAAAGUCACCCAGAAUGUGCGCAGUUCUCACCAGAUGGACAGUUCCUUGUUUCUUGCUCUGUUGACGGAUUUGUUGAGGUUUGGGACCACAUAAGCGGGAAGUUGAAGAAGGAUCUUCAAUACCAAGCUGAUGAGACAUUUAUGAUGCAUGAUGAUGCUGCCCUUUGUGUUGAUUUUAGUAGAGAUUCUGAGAUGCUGGCAUCUGGGUCCCAAGAUGGAAAAAUCAAAGUUUGGCGCAUAAGGACUGGACAAUGCUUGCGCCGCCUUGAACAUGCACAUUCUCAGGGUGUCACCAGUCUUACCUUCUCUCGAGAUGGAAGUCAGCUAUUAAGCACAUCAUUUGAUGGCACAGCAAGAAUCCAUGGCCUAAAAUCAGGGAAAUUAUUAAAGGAAUUCCGUGGACAUGGAUCCUAUGUGAAUGAUGCCAUCUUUACGAGCGAUGGAGCUCGUGUAAUUACUGCAUCUAGCGAUUUUACUGUCAAGGUUUGGGACGUCAAGACUACAGAAUGUCUGCACACAUUAAAGCCACCACCUACUUUAAGGGGAGCUGAUGCGUCAGUGAAUUCUGUCCAUCUUUUUCCUAAAAAUACAGAUCACAUAAUUGUGUGUAACAAGACUUCGUCAAUACACCUAAUGACACUUCAAGGACAGGUUGUAAAGAGCUUCUCAUCUGGUAAAAAAGAAGGGGGAGACUUUGUAGCUGCUUGUGUAUCACCUAAAGGGGAGUGGAUUUACUGUGUUGGUGAAGAUAGAAAUAUGUACUGCUUCAGCCACCAAUCUGGUAAACUGGAGCAUCUUAUGAAGGUCCAUGACAAAGAUGUAAUUGGUAUCACUCACCAUCCCCACAGAAACCUCGUUGCUACCUAUAGCGAGGACUGCACGAUGAAAUUGUGGAAGCCUUAGUCACUUGAUUUAGGUUGCUGCAGCUUGUUUCGUUGCGAGUGUAGUUUCAGGAUUUAGCUCUGUACUCUCAGUUCAUCUAUAGUCGGUCUUUGUUAAAAAUAUUUAUCCCUUUCGUAUUCUUUGUAGUAGGAAAGGUGCAAUUAUUUGUUAGAGAUUUGUGGUGGUAGUUGAAGUUUUGUUAUUAUAUAAAAAAGUUUCUCCUUUCUUGGAAUUCUGUGUUACUGGUCUAGAAAUUUUCUAUAAAAGCUUCAGUUGCAGA